AUGGAACCCCUAUUGUCGUGCCAUGACACAGGAACGACCGCAAUCACAGGCGAAGAGCACAACCGGCAAGAAAUAGAACUGGGGCCGUUGCCUUUCGCACCUUGUAUCACAAAGCCGCCUGUACUAGCGUGCGACCACGCUGAAGGGGUGGUUGACGGUCACGACCGUCCAUUGUACGCCGUCGACGACGUCCUCAACUCCUCAGUGCUACACCACUGCGCUUCGAGGUUCAUCACCAAACUCGCCGACUCUGUCCUCAGCGUAUCAUGCGCUUUGCCCAACCGAGACUUGCUCACGGCCGACGCCAAGCUUACCAAUUGUGACGCGGUGAGGCCGUUGUUUUCAAACUAUCCUGGCGACAAUAGCAACCUCCUCAAUAGCCUUGUUUUGCAACGAGAGGGUUUCAAGAGUACUGCGCCACACCGAUUGCGGCCAAAGAAAACUUUUUUUUUGGGAGAGUUCCCGGCAGAGCUGAAAGAGGCCACGUGGGUUGAGGUGUUGGCGGCGAGCCCUGUCAGGCUAAGCGGGACUAUAAUCGCCCUGGAACAGCUAAAAGUUGGUCGUGUGCCUGGUUCAGCCAAGAGCAUGGACAACGCCACGGAGAGGAUUCGGACAGACAGGGUAGCGGUGAUGUCAACGGCGCCGAUGACGACGACGGCGCACUGCCUCCUCAAAUGGUGUCUGACUUUUUACGAUGAAGGAUUGUUCGUGGCAGCCUUUUUUGAUCUCUUUCCGCACGGAAUCGGGGGGCACUUGGACGAAAGAAGGAGGUAUAUGAGUUUCCAGGAGUGGGCGAAAAUUUUACUGCGGCAACGUGAUCCGCGCUUCAGGAAGCACAAGAGCUUUUUGUUCUGUGUAUGGGCGCUUAUUUUCAGACGAGAAGCCAUCAAGAACGCUCGUUGGAAACUAACUGGCAGGAUGUCCAGGCGCACAGCCGAAACGCUUGCUACAAUUACCCCGGAGGAUUUGGCUGCUGCUGCGAAGGAAAUGGAGCAGGGCAGCAGUGUUUGGUCUGCCUUGGCCAACCGUAAUGCUGUUCGCACGUUGCUCACGACCAUGGAAUCCGUGCACGCCGGCUCAUCGUGGACCAUCUACAACAAAAGGUCGACAAGGAUGAUCGCCAUCUCCCUUAUUAUGCAGAUUGGACAACCGCUGUGGUGGAUGACGAUUGGCCCUGCUGAUACAAAGAGCCCCAUCCGCCUUCGACUGGUAGCGAGCGACCCCGUGGCUUCCGCUCUCUUGUACCACUCGGUCACCGACGCGGUACUCACCUGCCUGCUUCGAUUCGAUGCGCGUGAUGGAGAUGGGGGAGUACUUGAGCGCGUCAAAGGAUAUCUGGGCAUGACCAAAGAACAACGCCGCCUUAUGCUCCAUUUCCAUGUCCUGGUAUGGGUGUACGGUUUCAACGACUUUUCCAGCUUUCGCGAUCUUAUGGACAAGCGUCCGGAGAAGUACAACAAGCUUGCUCGGUUCUUGGAACGAGUCAUCUUCAACCAAGUCGUCUCUUUCGCGAAUGUCAACCUCGCCAUGCACGGACACGACCACACGCCCAGAGCUUCGAGCGAACCCGAACCGGAGAACGUCUCUGAUCCACUCCAUGCUUUCCCCGUCGAGCGUUGUUUCGUCCACGACGACAGCUACCCCCGUUUCAUGUACCUCGACCUUGCGGAACUGGUUCCUGGGGCGCAGUUACACCGCUGCCAACCAACUUGCCACAAAUUCAACAACAGGGACAAGUGCAGGUUUGGGUAUGGAGACAAGGGCAAAUCUUUCGAGCAGGAAACUACCGUGGUCAGGGGUCCCUGUACGUUCCACACCAACGGCAGCAUGACCAUCAACGGAGUUGACGCUUUCAACGAGUGCGUCUCUGCAUCUUCUGAGCCCGAGUCCGACCGCUUCACGGCCACCUUGCGCCUUCUCAGCACCCACAUCAACCCCUACAACCCCAUCAUCCACUUCCUCAUUCGUUCCAACAUGGACUUGAACGUUAUGCUCCGAGAUUCCGACGCGAGGGGACUGCUUUACUAUGUGCUUCAUUACUCGACGAAAUCGGAGCAAACGUUGGACGUGUUGUUGCCACUACUCUUGCCGGUCGUACAACGAAUAAGAGACCAUAACGAAGGAGAGCCGGCCAAAGAGACGGCGGUGCGACUCGUGAGAUCUUGCCUUUGCAAGCAACUCACAAGCCUCAACAUUGGCGGGCCGGCUGCAGCGAGCAAGGUUUUCGGCUUGCCUGAUGCCAAAAUCUCACACACCACAGUGCCCUGCCCAAUGGGGCCGUUGCUUGCAUGGGCAUCGUCUAGAGACACUCCAGAUGAAGAACCCGACGAUGGCGACUCCACCAGCGGAGACGACCAAGAGGACUCUGGCGAUGAAGCAUCGGAUGAUCAGCACGGAGUUGUCGUAUCGGUUGUAGGUGGUCGCCUGACGGUGAACCAAUGGGCUCACGUUCUCUACCUCCACCGGUGCUCCCCUGAAGAUACAGAGCAUGCCCUGCACGGUAUGUCGUACGUCUCGUGGACCAGACUCGUUCGUACUGAGCGUUACACACCAUUCAAGAAAGCAUACAACUGUCGCCAGAGGGUUAUGCGCCAGGGACCUGUCAUGGUCAACAUCAUGCGGGACAUUCCACGUUCCGACACCAAGCCCGAAGCUCACUGCCGCCUCCUUCUGUGCAUAUUUGUGGCACUCUUUGAGCUAGAAGACCUCAAACGUGUUGGAGACUCCUGGACGACCGCCAUGGCUAACGUGGAACAGCAUGACAGGUGGGACAAGCGCACAAAGCCAUUCCGACUAAACAUCGCUGGCAUGCUGCGACAGCGAAUCGCUGCCGACGAAGAGAGGGCUUACAGGGAGGAAGAGGAAGCUUUCGUUUCGGGCAGUAGUGGGCAGGGGAUGGAAAUGGGAUCGGACGGUGAGGAUGAGAUUAUCCUUAACGACCUCGGCGGCGACGACGACGACGACCAAAGCGUCUUUCUCGUCACAAAGCAGGGAAUUCUCAUGCAGGCUUUUGUCCACGACGCUCAUGAUGCUUUCGUGUCGGCCGGGCUUCGCGGCAACGACAGCCAGGCGGCUACGCGAGACGUUAUGUGCUGGUUUGUCCCAGUCGAGUGUAAGAGCAUAAAUGCCAGACGAGACCGGAACAACCAAGAGGUAGCUCGCACGGACAUAGGAGCAGCAGCGCCUUCUCAGCACCCCGUGGCCUUCCGAAUUGCCCAGGAAUUCGGCUUAAACCGCGAGCAGAGGCUUGCCUUUUACAUUUUCGCCAACGGUAUAUUUGCCAAGAAGCGGUCGCCUCACUCGCCCAUCGAGGAGGGCGGAAUGCUCGCCGUUGCAUUUCAGGGAAAACAAGCUGCUUCUGUUGGAGGAACCACCAUCCAUUCCGUCUGCAACGUACCUGGUAGAAAAGGUUCCGGGGGCAAAGACCACGACGAUCAGAAAGGACUCACCGAAGACCAGGCUCUAUCUUGGGAGGGCAAAAGCGUGUUAGCUGUAAAGGAGGCUUCCAUGGUGGGCUGCGAGAUGGAGCUGGCGCUUGACAAAGCUGCUUGUAAAGUGUUCCCGAUGCACAAGGAUAAACCUUUCGGAAACAUGGUGGCUGUUUUCUGUGGGGACUUCAAUCAGCUCAGGUUCUUGCACUCCAGGUCCACGUACAGCGAUGUUAUCAAGUUCAACACACGCGUCUUGAACGGCACACCUGGGUUGAGUGCGGCCGACUGUUACGACGGAAAGGUCAUCACUCUCCGAAAUAAGGUAACCACAGCUCUUACCAUGCCCACGAUGCGAACGUGGUGCCAAUCCCGAGGUACUACUCUUUUCAUCUCGUCUGCCACGGAUGAAUUCGUCGGGGAUGAGGGUGGUGGCCGACCAAAAGAGACUCCGCAAGCAGGGGCCGCUUGGCCUCCAUGCCUCAGGAACGAGGUGAAUUCCCUCGACGAUACGAAAACGAAAGACCUUCCGCGACAACUUUGUCUCGCUGUCGGCGUCCCUAUCGUCGUCCACAAGAGCCCGCAGCACGUCCUCUUGGGAGUCUGCAGCAACCGUGAUGGUAUCGUUCGGGCCAUUGAGCUAGACCAGCGCGAGCAGAUCCAAAACCAUGAUGGCGGCUACAGGGUGGUUCACCUCAAGCACCUCCCUGUUCGGGUAUUCGUCCACAUCGAAUCUAUGGACGACUCUGGCCUCAAACUGCCAGGUUUCCCGCGUGGGGUCGUCGCCUUCGGCCCGAUCGAGCGAAACGUUGUUCUCACUGGAAAGAACGGCCGAAACUUCACCAUCAAACGGCGACAACUUCCGCUUACGUCCGGUUGCCUGUCGUCCGUGCGAGUUAUUCUUGAUCUACGGAAGCCACCUGGACCUCGUGUCGACCCUGCCUCCUUGUACGUGGCGCGCUCUCGAGCGAAAUCGCUCAACGACACCUACCUUCUCUUCCCCGUCACGCUUAACGACCUGUCUCGCCCACGCGACGCGGAUGUUGUUGCUCUCAUCGACUGCCUCCGCCGUCUUGCAAAGGACACUCUCAACGCGUUCACGUCUGACCCAUCAACCUUCAUCCCGUCAGCCACGUCUUUGCCCACGGACAGUGACUACGACUCCGGCGAAAACGACGGAGGGAGAGGGUCCGGGUGGUUGGGGGGGGCAUCGAGAAGGAGGCAACUACAGCCGGCGCACCUCAUGCCGAACAGCGCCAACAAUUGCUUCUUCAACUCCGCCAUCGCUUUGUGCCUUGCGGUUUUCGACGGCCACACUCCACCCAACUUUUCCGAUUGCACCCCUGCUGCCACAGCAUUCUGUCCAGCGAUUCGUCUCGUCAAGGACAACAUGCUCAGCGGCGCCCCAAUGCCGGAGCACAUAUAA